CCCGACUCAGAAAAGACAAAACAGAUCCGAAAAAACCGCUAACUGUUUUUUCCUCUGUCUUCUUCUUCUCGUCGCAACCUCCUCCAAUCAUCGAAAAUGGCUGAUGAAGUUUCUCUAGAUCAGUUCUUGGCUGCCGCCAUUGACGCAGCUCAAAAAGCUGGACAAGUCAUUCGUAAAGGAUUUUACGAGACCAAACAUGUUGAACACAAAGGACAGGUGGAUUUGGUGACAGAGACUGAUAAAAGAUGUGAAGAACUCGUGUUUAAUCACCUCAAGCAGUUUUAUCCCAAUCACAAGUUCAUAGGAGAAGAAACAACAGCUGCGAAUGGUGUGACAGAAUUAACAGAUGAACCAACUUGGAUUGUUGAUCCUGUUGAUGGAACUACAAACUUCGUUCACGGGUUCCCUUUUGUGUGUGUUUCCAUUGGUCUUACCAUUGGGAAAGUCCCUGUGGUUGGAGUCGUUUUCAAUCCUAUUAUGGAUGAGCUAUUCACCGGUGUACAAGGGAAAGGAGCCUUCUUGAAUGGAAAACCAAUCAAAGUGUCAACUCAGAGCGAACUUGUAACCUCUUUGCUACUAGCAGAGGCGGGGGUUAAACGAGAUAAAGCUACAUUAGACGAUGCAACCAACAGGAUCAACAUUUUGUUGACCAAGGUUAGGAACAUCAGGAUCUGUGGCUCUUGCGCACUGGACCUCUGUGGUGUAGCCUGUGGAAGAGCUGAUAUCUUCUAUGAAAUCGAUUUUGGUGGUCCAUGGGACGUUGCAGCCGGAGUUGUAAUCGUUAGGGAAGCUGGUGGACUUAUCUUUGAUCCAACUGGUAAAGAGUUGGACAUCUCAUCACAGAGAAUUGCGGCUUCAAACGCUUCUCUCAAGGACUUGUUCGUGGAGGCGUUGAGACUUACAAAUGUGUGAAGUUAAUCUAUUCUUUGUUAUGGUCACACUUUAUGAACUCAUGCAAAAACCAGAUAUUGGUUAUUGUGACAAAGAAAAGCAUUUCUUUUUAGUACAAUGUCACAACAAACAAGUGUUUUUUUCUUUUCUUUUGGGGUUUGUAUUUCCAUGAUCACUCGAAAACUCUUAUGUAUUUUCUUUUUGCCAACAAGUAUUAAUAAAAC